GACGAGGAUGAUGCAGCGAAUGCGAGAGCUCAGCUUGCAAGCAAGCUCAGCGGACGCAAGGAGGAGCUUCCCUCACUGGCUAUGGCUCGAGCCUCCGCGGGUCGCGAUGCUGAUCCUCGGUUCGUCGAGGCAAUGGGCGGAGACAAGCUCCUCCAGGAGGCUCACAAGAUCCUGCGAAGUGCAGCGGGCAGCGGCCGCCUGGGCGCCACAUCGCGAUCCAGGAGUCGCAGCCGGAGCCGGAGGCGGAGACGCGAGCGAAGCGCAUCUGCCUCGCGUGAUCGAGGGCGGCGACCGCCGAAUGUCCGUUCCAGCGGCUCCUACCGCUCGCCGACGCCGGAUGGACGUGCGCGUGGUCAGGCACGGGCGGCAAGAAAAGCAAAGAUGAUUGCAUCUCUGAUGGGCAUAAGAUAA